AUGCAGGAGUCUUCUUCCUCAAUAUCAAUACCUGGGCAGGAGGUGGCAUAUAUCGCGCCACCGAUGACCGUGCAGGAAGAAGACGCUAUCAUACACUCCCGAAUCACAAAUGACGAGAAAGGCUUGCGUCGUGUGACCAAGAAGUUCCACAACUACAUGACCGUGGCGUAUACACCAGCAUCGACCCCGCCUUCAUCGGCUAUUUCUUCGGUCGACGAUGCGCGAGAAGCGUUCCUGGUGGAGCUCGCGUCGUUCCAAUUAUUGCUCAAGAAGAGUUUGAUGGUCUGCGAAGCGGAGGCGCGGCAAGUGGAGGAGUAUCAGAUGGAGAAGGAACGAAUAGCCGACCAACACGUCAACUUAAAGAGUCAGAUCGAACAACUCAAGUUGUCCUUGGAGCAUGCUCAGAUACAACGAAGACGCAAAAUUGAGUACGAUGCCAUUGCCGAGAAGAUAAACACUUUGCCAAGCAGGGAAGAGCUGAACGCAUCUAUCAGCUCGUUGGAAAACGAUAUGGCGGCCAUUCGUGCUGAACACGAAAACCAGAGCCGGAUAAUAUAUACACAAAAGAACGCCUUGGACUCAAUGAUUUCUGAGCUAAACUCCCUACGUCUGAUGGGCAAGCCGGAGGUGGCAGAAGAUUCUCGUGCUGCUAGUCCGACUCCGGGCACCAAUGUCGAAGAAGACAUCGAAAUGGGCGACUCGGUCAGCGUUCGAACACGAGAAGAAUCGGGAGAACUCAAGGAGGACAAGGAGGCCGGGGAGAAUGAGCGAGAGUCUGAAGACGAAAUUCCUCUGGCAAGGAAGUUGCUCAAUCCUGGUGCCAGAUCAUUCACCCCGAGCAAAUCACGGACUUCGACACCGGUGAUACGUUCUUCGACCGCAAGGUCAACACCUACGCUGUCCAGCAAGACACCAGAAGACGACGAUAUCGAGAUGGGUGAAGUGGCGGAGGAUCCGAAAGACGUGAAGGUGAAGAAGAAACCGCGGGAAGAGGAGCUGGAGGAGGGCGAGGCGAGCGACGAAAGUAGUGAGUUGUCCGAUCCUCCGGACGAUUGA